AGCUAACGAGUGUCCAUGCUCCAUGACAGGUAACACAGUUUGGAUCGCUGUAGAUCGUUUUCAAAUGGUCCAGCAUGUCCUUUGAAUCAGCAUAGGGGUCCAAGGCAUUUUCAUGCAUGCAUGGUGUGAUGUGCUUUCAGGCCUUGCCCUCACAGCAACUAGCCACAUAUGCCAUGCAGAGCUGAGAAGUGCCAAAGUGGUCAGCAUUGGCAGUGAGUUUCUGGGUCAUCAGGAGCAGCCAGUCUUUCAAUCAGGGUUCCUUUCCAUCGGUCAACAUUGGAGGAUCAGGAAUCUUGGUGGACUUUCGAGCAUUGGUGGUCGCUGGCAUAGGUUCCUGGUUGCCGCUGUUGGUCAACUGCAUGGUCAUCUUCACAAUCUGGUGGCCAUAUGCGUCAUGCUCAAACUUCACCCCAGCAAGCUCAGAAUUUGUCUUGGAAAGCUGCUGAUUGACAUCCUCAACCUGCUGAUGCAGUUGGGCGAUCCCUCCAUCCUUGGUUUUGCCAUGGAGUUUCUCUUCAGCAAUGUGACAGCUCAACGGCUCAACGCCAGACAAACAGCGCCAACAUAUCAAACGAUGCCAUACAAGCAAUAUGGGCAAACAAGGGCUUAA